AUGUCACAAAAAGGUUUAUUUGGAAUUUUAGGUGAAGUUGUAAAGAAUACUGGUUUAAUUUUACACAGAACCGGUUGUAAAAUGCAAGGUGAUUAUGCCUAUGUUGAAAAAUUAAACAGACAUACUAGAUUAACAGCUUUUGGUGAUAAUGCUCCAAUUGUUGGUCAAAAAUCAUUCAUUGCACCAAAUGCAUCAAUUAUUGGUGAUGUUGUUAUUGGUAAAGAAUCAAGCAUCUGGUAUAAUGCAGUUUUAAGAGGUGAUGUUAAUUCAAUUCAUAUUGGUGAUAAAACAGUUGUUUCAGAUCGUACAGUUGUUCAUUGUUCAUCAAAUGGCCCAUUAGGUCCAAAACCAACUCAAAUUGGUGAUAAAGUAUAUAUUGGACCAGGUUCAAUUGUUCACGCAGCAACCAUUCUUGGUGAAAGCUUUAUUGGUACUGGUAGUACUUUAUGUGAUGGUAGCGUUGUUGAGAAAAAUGGAUUUUUAGAAGCAGGUUCAUUACUUACAGCUGGUAAAACCAUCAAAUCUGGUGAAUAUUGGGGUGGUUCUCCAGCAAAAUUCAUUCGUCAAGUCACUAAAGACGACGAAUCACAACUCGAAAAAAUUAUCGAACAAAACAUUAACCUCUCUGAACAACACGAAAAACAAACCUCAAAAUCUGCCAAGGAAUUAAAUAACGAUUUAUUACAAAAAUACGUUAAAAAUAGAACUAGAAGCGAUCACAUCUUAAAUAAUCCAUUAUAA